GACGCCGCAGCAGUAGAAGAAGGAGCAGUAUACUAUAAGGAAGGAAACAGACUAGAUAGCCACACCGUUCGCUCUGAAGAAGGUGACACCCGUGGCAUUGCCUAACCUUUCUCCUGGAAUCCAGAUAUAAAGUGACAAGUUAAAAUGUUCUGAGCUUCUGUCAAACCUCGGAGUUCCGUUGGUCCAUUCACAGUAGACUAGCGUCAACAAACCGAUACGGACAACGCGAAACCGUAAAUUGUUGUCCUGAGAGCGAAGCCGGAUAUUUUCGAGAACGGAGUGAUAUCGGCCAGAAUCUCUCUCCAUCUCCAAACGUCGAGAUGAAUACCAACGAUGCUAAGGAGUAUCUCACUAGGCGGGAGAUACCUCAACUGUUUGAGAGCCUGUUGACAGGGUUGAUGUACUAUAAGCCAGAGGACCCUAUAGACUACCUGGAGGUGUGUCUAAAGAAGGUGAGGGAGCUUGGGGGACCAGACAGGGUCCGCUGGGACACAUUCGUCGGCCAGGAGAAGAAGUCCCUUCCCCCCCUCAACGGAGGACAAUCGCGUAGGUCCUUCUUCCGAAAUGUGCUCCCAGACAGUCCCAACUUCCCGUACCGGCGCUACGACCGUCUCCCUCCCAUCAGCCAGUUCUCCAUUGAGAGUGAUUCAGACCUGUCGGAGACCGCUGAGCUCAUCGAGGAGUACGAGGUGUUCGACCCCUCCAGACCCCGACCCAAAGUCCUCCUCAUCAUCGGAGGGCCAGGCAGUGGUAAAGGAACCCAGAGUCUGAAGAUAGCAGAGCGCUAUGGCUUCCAGUACGUCUCUGUAGGAGAGCUGCUCAGGAAGAAGAUGAUUCACAACGCCACCAGCAACAGGAAGUGGAGUCUCAUCGCCAAGAUCAUCACCAAUGGGGAGCUGGCACCUCAGGAGACCACCAUCACUGAGAUUAAACAGAAGAUCAUGAAGAUUCCAGACGCCAGUGGGAUCGUGAUCGACGGGUUCCCCCGUGAUGUGGGACAGGCGCUGUCAUUUGAGGACCAGAUCUGUACUCCGGACCUAGUGGUGUUCCUGUCCUGUGCAAACCACCGUCUGAAGGAGCGCCUGGAGAAGCGCGCGGUGGCGACGGGUCGUCCUGACGACAACCCCAACGCAACGGAACGCCGCCUCACCAACUUCAAACAGAACACCAUCCCCUUGGUCAAAUACUUCCAGGAGAGGGGACUCAUCGUCACGCUGGAUGCAGACCGAGAUGAGGAGGAGGUGUUUUGUGACAUCAGCAUUACGGUGGACAACAAGCUGUUUCCCUCCAAACAACCUGUCGCUGGCCCCAGUGAGCUGGAUCUCAGUCUCCUAGGAGACAAUAGUAGUCUGGCAGAUGUCCCCUUCAAAAAUGAAGAACAGGUUGAAGAGGAGGAAGAGGAGGGGGAGGAAAUGGGGUAUGCUGAAGGGACUUCAGACAGUUAUCCUACAGAGAGGAAGAAACCUAAGGUUGUCUUUUUGAUGGGUGGGCCGGGCUCAGGGAAGGCUGUGCAGUGUGAGAGGAUGGAGGAGAGGUUUGGACUGCGUCGUCUGUCUCCUGGUGACAUCCUGUGUUCUGAACUACAGUCUCACAGUGAGAGAGGACGUUACCUACGAGACCUGCUGGAGAGGGGGGAGACGCUACCUGAGGACACGCUGCUGGAGCUGCUAUGUGAGUGUGUGACCUUAUCUCUGCGGCACGGGAGGGGCGUACUCGUAACCAACUUCCCCCGAGACCUACGACAAGCUCUGGAAUAUGAAGCUAAGAUAGGGGAACCCAGCGCUGUGGUGCUGUUGGACUGUUCCCCUGACACUAUGUUCUCCAGGCUGCAGUGUCGUGGCCUGUCCCGCUCCGCCACCCAAACCACAGGCUGCCUCCCGGAGAGAGCAAGAGACACCAGCAGGAGGGUAGAGGGAUUCACCAGCAACUGCCAACCUGUGACAUCACACUACGAAACCAGGAGGCUCCUGCACAAGAUUGAUGCAGAGAGGCCUCCUGAAGAGGUGUUUGCUCAGAUCUGUCAGGCCUUGGACUCCUGCUAGAGGAACCAUCACUGCUACCGCCCCGGAUGUCUAACUACUGCUACUGCUGUUCCCAGGGCUCUGAACUACUCUCCUCCUAAGAUGCCUCCCAAAUGGCCCCCUAUUUCCUGCACAGUGCACUACUUUUGACCAAAGCCCUAUGAAAGCCCUGUUCCCUAUAUGGAGCACUACCUUCUACCAGAUCCCUAUGGGCCCUGGUCAACGGUAGUGCACUAGAUAGGGAACAGGAUGCCAUUUGGGACCCAACCCUACUGGCCUGUGCCAACCCUACUGGCCUGUGCCAACCCUACUGGCCUGUGCCAACUCCGCUACUCGGAAGAGACCUGGCUACAAGACUCACUCUCUCAGACACAGACACACACACACACACACAGACACACACACACACUCUCUCAGACACACACACACACACACACAUACAGACACACACACACACACACACACACACAGACUCACUCUCUCAGACACGUUUAGAAAGAGAAAUCACUCAAAUGCAUGUCUUGGAAAUACAUUGUAUAUCUAUCUAUGCUGCAGUGGGAACAACUCAUGUAUUUGUAACCAGUGAUGUAGUGGUAAAAAAUAUAUAUAUGCUUAAACGGUGAUCGCCUUUCGUGGUGAGUUAAGUAACGCUCCUUAUAUUUUCAAAAAAUGUUCCGCAAUAAAUAUUAUUAUUAUUAUUAUUAUAUUACGCUUGCAAAACUGCAUUUAUCCUCCACUGAACCACUGCUUGGACACUAAAGAGGCUUUAACGUGUGACUAAUUAGAACUACACUACAGAUAGUGUACUUGGUAACAGUAUAAUAUUGUACACUACAUACCGCUGCAGUCUAUCCCAAUCUGUUGAAUACACCGUAACGCUGCCUGCUGUGUGUGUGUCAGAGUGUGUGUGUAUGUUAGUGUUCG